AGCCACGGUCAUUCUAUCCAUCCAAUCGAGCAAGCGAGCGGUGGAGGAUCCUUGAUCGGCAAUGGCGACGAUCGUUGGAGCGACGAGCGCAGCAAGAAUGGCGACCAUGGCAGCGGCCCAGCAGCAAAAUGGGGUCAAUCCAGCGCUCCUCUUUGCGAUUUCCAAUUCAUCCAAGCUCGGCGCGUCGUCCAGCGGAUUCAUGUCUGGCGGGAGCUCCAUUGCGAAUUUCCACGCGACGCUGUCGUCUAGAUCGUCGAGCAGCAGCGGCAGAGGAGUGAGAAUGGGAGCUCCUCGCGCGGAGCUGGGCGAUUCCCUGGAGGAAUUCCUGGCCACAUCCACCAAAGACAAGAGCCUCGCGAGGCUGCUCACUUGCAUGGGAGAGGCCAUCCGUACGAUCUCGUUCAAGGUGAAGACCGCAUCGUGCGGUGCCACGGCGUGCGUCAACACAUUCGGCGACGAGCAGCUGGCCGUCGAUCUCCUCGCCAACAAGCUCCUCUUCGAGGCCUUGAGGUUCUCCCACGUUUGCAAGUACGCUUGCUCCGAGGAAGAUCCUGAGCUCCUCGAUAUGGGAGGACCCGUGGAAGGAGGAUUUAGCGUCGCAUUCGAUCCACUCGAUGGAUCCAGCAUUGUUGACACGAACUUCACCGUGGGAACCAUCUUUGGAGUUUGGCCGGGCGAUAAACUCACCGGGGUCACCGGGAACGAUCAAGUCGCGGCCGCCAUGGGAAUCUACGGCCCUCGCACCACCUACGUCAUGGCAAUCAAGGGCCAUCCGGGCACCCACGAGUUCCUCCUCUUGGACGAUGGGAAGUGGCAACACGUCAAGGAGACAACCUCCAUUGGCGAAGGGAAACUCUUCUCGCCAGGAAACCUUCGAGCAACCUUUGACAAUCCACAGUACGAAAAGCUCAUCAAUUACUACGUCACGGAGAGAUACACGCUGCGGUACACAGGAGGAAUGGUGCCGGACGUAAACCAGAUCAUCGUCAAGGAGAAAGGAGUCUUCACCAACGUUACCUCACCCAGUACCAAGGCCAAGCUCCGGCUGCUCUUCGAGGUAGCGCCGCUCGGCCUCCUCAUCGAAAACGCCGGAGGAUUCAGCAGCGAUGGCCACCAAUCAGUCCUCGACAAGCUCGUUGUCAACACCGACGACAGGACACAGGUCGCCUACGGUUCCAAGGCCGAGAUCAUCCGCUUCGAAGAGACCCUCUACGGAUCCUCCCGGCUAGCAAAAGUUGCCGCCGCCAAACUUGCCUAGCCGCAUUUCCAGAGAACUCAAUGAAGACUUAUUCUCCCA